GGAAACCUACGAGCGAUUUUAGGCUUCAUAACCCCAAGUUGCUGCUCAAAUUUCUUCUUGAAGGAAGCAUCUUCUUUUUUCCGUCCAGCCUUUGCAAACGAAGAGUCCGGAAUAACGACAAUGACGUCGUCAACCGGAAAAGCCAAAGCGCCUGCGAAGCCGGCAGCAGAGCCAUCAACCGCUCGACCUGUGUCGCCUGCGAACAGUUUCUACGCCGAAAGCGAUGACGAAGAGGGAGACUAUGAUACUAUCACACAUACAAGGAGCGGCAGAGGUGUAAAGCUAUUAUUCUCCAAGAGCAAGGUAAUUUAUUACGAUAAGAUGCGGGGCAUUUGAGGGGCAGCUUCAAUAUGAUGGAGGGGCAAAUUCCAUACACCGUACGAGUACCAGCUAACGUUUACGACUUUAAAGGUCUACAUACAUCCUACCCCCUCUGCGAAAGACAACGUGCCUGGUUAUAUCGCGCUGUUACAGCAAAAGCCAGCCCCCGAUUCUAGACCAACUUCGUCAUCCUCCACAGCUGCAGCUCGAAACAAAGCAGCUUCCUCCCUUCUCCUUGCGUGGUUACCUGAAUCUUCACUGGGUGAUGCCCUCAAUACAUACGUAAAAGUAGACCUCUCAGAAGGAGACUCGCCUCCUCGACAAUCAUACCUCGUUCCCCCUCCGCCGACUACAACCACACAUUCCGGCUCGAUAGGACACUAUGCGUUUGCCAUUCCGGUUUCUGCAAUAUAUAGCCUUCUUGUGCGACCACCGAGUCUGGGGUGGUGGUUUGGUAGCUUGAUCGUCAAUACUCGUGGAGGCGAAUCAUUUCCUGCUUUGUUCUUUCACGAUUCCGAAUGUCAGAGUACCAUUUUACAAAAGAAGAAGCGUACAAGGGAAAGUUUUGAUCCGUUUGGUGCGAAUGGGGAGAUGUUCUGGGGUGGCGAUGAAGUUUUGAGGUGGCUCAAACGAUAUGUGGAAAUUGAGAGAAGUGGUGCUGAGCCAAACAUCUAUUUAGUAGAACCGAGUAUCGAGGACAAGGAAGCGUUUGGCAAACCGGUCACGGCCGCCAUAGUGAGGGGAUCGAAUCAAUCCGGCAUGUCUGUGGGUGGUGCAGCCGGUUCAGGAUCAAGCCCAAGAGGAAGGGGAGAUGGAGAAAUGGACGCUGUAACCAAAUUUGUCAAGGAAGCUGGUUGGAAUCUGAUGGAGAACUUUAGCAAGGUUACGACUUUUACCAGAAGGACAGCAGAGACCGUCAUUGAGAAUCCAAAGAUACCCCCGCAAGUGAGAAGAUUACUCAAGAACCCGGAAGUUCAAACAAUACAGGAAGAAUUUGAUAGUGCAAGAAUAUAUCUUGCAAGAUGGGCAAUGGGUAUUGCAGAACAGAGCGAGCGGGAUCGAAACAAUCGAAUCUGGACAGCUCGGGAUGUUCUCGAAAUGGAGGAAACUGAGGUUGGAGAAUUUGAGUUACUGGAUACGGGGAUUGCUGGUUUAAGUUUGAAGGAACAGAGAAAGGUUGUUGGUCUGAAAGAGUGGAAUAGCUUUUUCGAUCAACGGACUGGAAGAUUACAAAUCACGUUCGACGAAGUGAAAGAGAGAGUAUUCCAUGGCGGACUCGAUGCUGAUGAUGGAGUGAGGAAAGAAGCUUGGCUUUUCUUAUUAGGCGUCUAUGACUGGGAUUCCACUUUUGAUGAUAGAAAGGCAGAAUCUGCAAGUUUACGAGAUGCAUACGUCAAGUUAAAGGGGGCUUGGUGGGAUCGUCUAAUUGACCUAGGUGGAGAAGGAGAGGAAGGCGAAUGGUGGAGAGAACAAAAAGGCCGAAUCGGUAAGUUCAUCUGCUAUCCGAGUGCUCAUAUCUGCAGCGGGCUGACGUAUCCCAUUGCUUGGGGUCUUUGGUAUAGAAAAAGACGUACACAGAACCGAUCGUAAUGUACCAAUAUUCGCAGGCGAAGACACACCUCAUCCCGAUCCAUCCUCACCAUUUGCUGAGGUUGGAACAAACGUCCAUCUUGAACAGAUGAAGGACAUGCUACUCACUUACAACGAGUACAACCGUGAUCUUGGCUACGUUCAGGGAAUGUCUGAUCUUCUGGCCCCAAUUUAUGCAGUUAUGCAAGAUGAUGCAAUCGCUUUCUGGGGUUUCCAGCAUUUCAUGGAAAGAAUGGAGAGGAACUUCCUACGAGAUCAAUCAGGAAUGCGAAAACAACUCCUUACUCUCGAUCACCUAGUACAACUCAUGGAUCCAAAGUUGUAUCUACAUCUUCAGUCAGCUGACUCGACUAAUUUCUUCUUCUUUUUCCGAAUGUUGCUAGUUUGGUACAAGAGGGAGUUUGGAUGGCUAGAUAUUCUGAGGCUGUGGGAAACAUUAUGGACGGAUUAUCUGAGCAGCGGUUUCCAUCUUUUCGUUGCUGUGGCAAUUUUGGAAAAGCAUAGAAGUGUUAUCAUGGAACAUCUCCAGCAUUUUGACGAGGUUCUGAAAUAUGGUAUGUCCUCCGUCUCUAACCCCACCCUCUCCCAACAAGCUAACAAACUUUAGUCAACGAACUCUCCACAACAAUCGACCUAGAAUCAACCCUCAUCCGAGCAGAAGCCCUCUUCCGCCGUUUCCAAAGAACCGUCGAAGCAAUCGACAAAAAGUCCAACUUCCCAGCUCCAAAGCUACGACAGAGGAAUACCGGCACCGUGAUAUCCCAAUCUCCUACGAGAGAGUCAGCAAGCACUUCUGGUACCGACACUGUCACUAUCGGUUCUACCAAUAGCGGAGCCACCCCUUCUUCUCCAGGACCGGCUACGCCAUCCACCCGAGCGAAAGGGAAGGGGGCGCCAACGGGGGAAAGAGCAAGUCAGGAACUAGAGGAACAGAGACCGAAGGUUAUCAGUCCUGAACUUAGAGCGUUGCUGAGUCGGAAGGUGGAGGUGCUGCCUCGGAAGAUUGUUAGGAAGGAGGGAGAGGGGUUAAGUAAAGUUGGGGCUGGUGAUAAAUAAUUGAUGCGGAGGUUCUUUUCUUGGGCUUUGUUUUCUUGGGAUUUCUAUGUAUUGGUUUGGUCCUAGGUUUUGUGGGUUGGCGUUAUGGAGGGUCGUUUUAGAGGAGCUAGGACUUGUGGUAAGUAUGGUUGGGUUAUAUUUGGGUUACAUAGGGGCGGAAAUAUUAGGACGGGACGUUAGCGUGGGAAACAAUAUGGUAUGAAUUCCUCACAAUCUACUUGUAGAAGUAUACUUGUCGAGAGCGCAAUUUGUAUGAAUCUUGUUUCAAAUGUCGUAUAAUUAAUGAAAAGCCAUGCUAAAUUAAACCUCGCUUCGAACUGGAGGUACAGUAGUGUGUGCAAAUCAACGCGAAAAUUUAAUCAG